AUGUUCGCCAACUGUUACAUUUACAACAAGCCCACUGAUGACAUUGUCUUGAUGGCACAAACACUGGAAAAGAUCUUCCUACAGAAAGUGGCGUCAAUGCCACAAGAACAGCAAGAGCUCGUGGUGACCAUCCCUAAGAACAGCCACAAAAAGGGGGCCAAGCUGACAGCACUCCAGAGCAGUAUUACCAGUGCCCAUCAGGUGCCUGCCGUCUCUUCUGUGUCCCACACAGCCCUGUAUACUCCACCGCCUGAGAUACCUACCGCCGUCCUCAACAUUCCCCAUCCGUCAGUCAUCUCUUCUCUCCUUCUCAAGUCCCUGCACUCUGCUGGCCCUCCGCUCCUUGCUGUCUCCGCAGCUCCUUCAGCUCAGCCUCUUGCCAAGAAAAAAGGGGUUAAGCGGAAAGCAGAUACUACCACCCCUACACCUACACCCAUCCUGGCUCCUGGUUCUCCAGCUAGCACUCCUGGGGGUCUUGAACCUAAGGCAGCAAGGCUUCCCCCUAUGCGCAGAGAGAGUGGCCGCCCCAUCAAGCCCCCACGCAAAGAUUUGCCUCUCAGCAGCAACACCAGAGCUAUAAUUCUUUCAGUCAAUGAGCGCUCGGGAAAGGGUUAUUUCAGUGUUUGGACCGGAAGCUCGGGGCAGGACGCCGUCACCAUGGCUGGGGCUGUCAGUGUAGCUGCGCUGGAGUGCGUCUCCGCCGGCAGGUGUUGCAGAGCGGGAACGCCGGGUCAAGAUAAGAGAUACAGCCGUGCGACCUUUGAAGACAUGGCCAUUUACUUCUCCCAAGAGGAAUGGGAUCUCCUGGAUGAGGCUCAGAGGCUCCUAUACCUGCAUGUGAUGCUGGAGAACUUUGCACUUUUAACCUAAUUGGUGUGUUGGCAUGGAACUGAGGAUGAAGAACAGAGUAUUUCUGCAAAAGGAAUGUCACAAGUCAGGACUUUAAAGAAAAGUCUGUCUACCCAGAAGCCUCACCCUUGUGAAAUGUGUGUCCCAAUCCUGAAAGAUGUUUUGCACCUAGCUGAUCUACCUGGGCAGAGACCGAACUCUUCUGGAAUAUAUGCACACCUUCGCCAGGACCAGAAGCAUUGUAGUGUGAAGGAUUCACUCAGAAGACAUGUGGAUAGAGCCUCCCUUCUGAAGAGCUUCAUAUACCAUUUGUCAGAGAAGCCCUCCCUUUGUAGAAAGAUUGGAAAGGACUUCCUCACCAAGUGGGGCCUUCUUCACUCCCCAGCCAUUCCCGAAGCAGAAAAGCCAAACAAGACCACUGAUUGUAGGGAGACCUUUCACUGUGGAGAUAGUCAUCACCAGUCAGAUGAGUGUAGAAAAGCUUCCAGCCAGAAUCACGCUGCUGUUCAGCGCCCAAGAGUAUGUUCUGGAGAAAGCACUUAUGAGCCAAGCAAAUGUGGAACUGCCUUCUGUGACAAAUACUCACUUGUUCCAUUCCAGAGAGCCCUCAAUGGGGGAAGACCUUAUGAGUGCAGUGAAUGUGGAAAAUCUUUUAGCCAAAAAGCAACCCUUAUCAUACACCAGCGAGUUCAUACUGGAGAAAAGCCAUAUAAAUGUGACAAAUGUGAUAAGUCUUUUAGUCAAAGCUCCAGCCUUAUUGAGCACUGCAGAACUCACAGUGGAGAAAGGCCUUAUGAGUGCAGGGAAUGUGGGAAGGCCUUUGGGUGCAAGUCCAACCUUGUUUGGCACCAGGGAACUCACACAGGAGAAAGGCCUUAUGCGUGUCCUGAAUGUGGGAAAUUCUUUAGACAAAGCUUCAGGCUCGUUGAACACCAGAGAAUUGACACUACAGCAAUGCCAUAUGCCUGUGGCCAGUGUGAGAAAUCCUUCAGUCAAAAAGCCACUCUAAUUAUACACCAGAGAAUUCACAAUGGAGAAAGGCAAUAUAAGUGUGGGGUAUGUGGAAAAUCCUUUAGUCAAAGCUCCAAUCUUUUUUUUUUUUCUGGGAUAGAAUCCGGCGCCCCAACCGGGACUAGAACCCAGUGUGCCAGCGCCGCAAGGCGGAGGAUUAGCCUGUUAAGCCACGGCGCCGGCCAUAGCUCCAAUCUUAUUGAACACUACAGAAUUCACACUGGAGAAAGGCCUUAUGAGUGCGCAGAAUGUGGCAAAUUCUUUAGACAAAACUUCAGCCUUAUUGAGCACCGUAGAAUUCACACUACAACAAAAAUUUUUGAAUGUGGCCAGUGUGGAAAAGCCUUUAGCCAAAGAGCCACCCUCAUUAGACACCAAGAAAGGUCUUAUGAGUGUGCAGAAUGUGGGAAAGCCUUUGGCUACAAAUCCAAACUUGAUCGACACCAGAGAACUCACACAGGAGAAAGGCCUUAUGAUGGUGAGAGUGGCAAAUUCUUUAGGUGGAGCUACAGCCUCGUUGAACACCAGAGAAUUCACACCAGAGCAAGGCCUUUUGAGUGUGACCAGUGUGGGAAAUCCUUUAGCUGAAGAGCUGCUUUCAUAAAGCACCAGAGAGUUCACACUGGAGAAAAGCCUUAUAAUUGUGGUGAAUGUGGGAAGUAUUUUAGUCAGAGCACCAGCCUUAUCCAGCACUGUAGAAUUCACACUGGAGAAAGACCAUAUGAGUGUGACCAGUGUGGGAAAUCUUUCCGGCAAAGGUCUGUCCUCAUUCAACAUCAGGUAGUUCACACUGGAGAAAGGCCCUAUGAAUGCAGCAAGUGUGGGAAGUCCUUUAGCCAAUGCUCCAGCUUUUUUCAGCACCGAAAAUAUCACACAAGGGGAGGCCUCGUGAAGGCAGGAGAUGUGGGAAAUCCCUCAACCCCAGGCCUAAUGUUAUUUAGCACCAGGAAGUCCACACUUGUGAAAGGCCUUAGAGCUGCAGGAAAUGUGUUCUCUGUUUACUGUAAUGACAUGGAGAGAGCCUUUAUGGGGAAUCCGUCGACCUGA